GGACGUGGCAUGUGUUAUUGGUCAAGUUUUCAAAACAAACGAGAGUGAUGUCCAAACAACCCCAGUUCUCUGAGUUUGAUUUAUGUAAUAUUUUCACAAGCAACUGACACUGGUAAUUCAGAUAAAAACAUUUGCCAAAAUCAAGUGGUGAUAACAAUGAAGGUUCCAAGUUUGCAAAACAUUAAUACAAGUAUUGAAAGUCUUCACAUUUACCAUGGGGUGGCUGCAGCUUUGUUCUACGGACUUGUAUCUGGAUCCAUGUCAUUUCUGAACAAAAUUGUUUUGACCACAAUGGAUUUCCGUUAUCCUGAAGUGAUUAUGUUAGCCCAAGUCACAUGUACUGCUGCCAUGCUAGAAAUUUGCCGCAGAUUAAAUCUUGUCAAUAUUCAUGCUUAUACCUUAGAAAGGGCUAAGAAAUUUCUGCUUCCUUCGAUAUGUUUUGCUCUGCACACAAUUUUAGCCCUGAAAGCGUUAGGUGAUCUUUCAAUUCCAAUGUACAAUAUACUUAGACGUCUCUUACCCCUCUCAACACUGAUUCUGGGAGCAUUUUUUUUGAGCAAGCGUCCAUCAAUUCAACUGACCUGCUCCAUCAUAUUGGUUGUGUUUGGCUGUGUAACUGCUGGAUUUGGUGAUAUUUCUUUCCAUAUUGGUGGCUAUCUUGCAGCAAUAAUGAGUGUGUUCAGUCAGGCUUUCUAUCUAGUUUUUGUUCAAAAAACUGGAGUAGAAACUGGACACUCGACAUUGGAUGUUCUGCAUCUGAAUAGUAUCAACUGUAUUCCUUUGUUGAUUAUUUACACCCUGUACAAUGGUCAGUUAGUCAACUCUAUUAACAGUAUCGAAGUUACCUCAAAAGGCUUCUUUCCUGUUUUAAUUGUGGAUGUUUUCAUGGGAUGUGUGUUGAACUACUCUCUAUUUCUCUGUGCAACUAUGAAUAGUGCAUUAACAACAAGUCUGGUGGGAGUUAUCAAGGGCAUCAUUACGACAAUUAUUGGAUUUUUUACGUUCGGUGGUGUUGCAAUAAACUUAUACACGAUAUCUGGUAUAAUUCUCAAUACUUCAGGAGGGAUUCUAUAUUUCUACACAAAGUACAGCGAGCAAGUGCGGCAAAAACUACUAGAAGAUUAUAUGCCUGAUCACGCUUUGAACGUCGAGGUGAGAAUACCCAAUGGACACGUCGAUACGAGAGAUCAUUUGGGAAAGGAUUCGGUGAUAGAUUUUAAUGAAGAUGGAGAGAAUGAAAGAUGAUACGGAGUAUAUGAUAUAGUAUAUAAUUAUGAUUUAUAAUAACAAAUUGGGGUAUAUAUGACUUUCUCGUUUGUCCCCACAAACUGAUGACGAGUACUGAUCUUUCUGAAAGCAAGGAUGCUAUGCCUAUGGCUAUGUAUACUAAAGUAAAGUCUAAAGUCAGAUAUUUUUCCCAUCGCGAUAACUGGAAAGCGGAAUUAAACCUCUGUCAACAUUUCAAACAGAACAGAUGUCCUCAUCUCAUCUCCUGGUAGUCGAACUAAUAUAGGCACUAUUAGUAGUAGUGUCUAUAUUAAUAGCAAAUAUAUCUUGUGAACUGUUCAGUUGUGAACUUUUUCUUGGCAAACGUGUGUCGGUUUAUUGUCAAACUCACUAUAAACUGCUUGUUGUGUAAAUAAAAAAAAGUCAGUGAAAUUAGCAGACCUUUACAAAGCAAGGAUAUAUUGAAGUCGAUGAUAUAGUCCUAGUUAUGACGUAUGAAAGAGCUGUUAUUUAGCUUCCCAAUAAUACCUUUCUUCAGCAAGAAAUUAUCAAAUAUUUUCAAAAUGGAAAUUAGUCAAUCGAAACUCAAACAUAUGGUGUUAGGGUUGAAUUUAUUUAUGAUUUAAUUCUUUUUUAGCAAGAAAAUAUUGUUAGAAAGGUAAAAAACUCCUCUUUCUCAAAAUCUAAUAAAUCUAAUGCAUUACGGUAUGCUUAAAGUGGCGAUUUAGUUUUAUGACAAAUGCUGGUAAUGAAUGUAAUAUUCCCUAUAUUUAUAACAAGUAUUUAUUUAACUUAUAACAUAAGUCUUUAUAAAGGACUGAUAACGUAUGAGUCUUUAUAAACUAAUAAAAG